AUGGCUUCACACGAUCGGUUGGACAGUCUCCGCCAAUGGUUCACCAACCACGGAGGAUAUCUGAAUCCAGGCGUGAGGAUUGAGUACAAUGCCGAGCGAGGGGUGCACUGUCGCGCGGCUUCGGAUCUCGCGCCAGACUCGCGCAUAUGCACCGUUCCACACUCGCUCGCGCUCUCAAGUCUCAAUGCGCUUGUCGACGACAGCUUCGCGGUCUUCAGAAGUCGCGGACUGUCGCCUCAGGCCAUGGGCUACUUCUACCUCAUGCAUCACUUCCUUCACAGCGAGGAGUCAUUCUGGAGACCGUACUUGGACACCCUGCCGCCUCCGACCAGCGAGCAUGGAACACCCUUCUGGUUCGAUGCGGAUGACUUGGCCUGGCUAGAAGACACCGAUGUCUUCUUCACCUACAAAGCCCGCCUUGCGAUGCACCAAGGAAACUAUUCUACCGGCACAGCCAUGAUCAGUAAAGCCGGAAUAGACGUCACGCCGUACAGCUGGCAACUCUACAAAUGGGCUGUCACAAUCUUCACCUCCAGGAGUUUCUCGUCACGAGCAUUACACCCACACGACAGCAAGUAUUGGGCUGCAUACAAAUCAGGCCCCGACGGCAGAAGGCAGACGGUCUUGCUCGACCUGUCUCGCGCUUCUUCCGAGCAUCUGGACUUCCCAGUCUUGUUUCCCGUGCUCGACAUUCCCAAUCACAGCCACGAUGCGAAAGUCGAUUGGACCUUUGACCCUGGCCUUUUCACAAUGGCAACGACUGAUGGCGCCGAGACUGGCUCCGAAAUUCUCAACAACUAUGGCCCAAAGGGUAACGACGAGCUACUACUAGGCUAUGGCUUCUGCUUACGAGAUAAUCCGAACGACAAAGUCCUCAUGACGCUCAAGCCGCCAUCCGACCGCCUGCAGCACGACAUUCGCCAUGUUCAGCCUGGCUACUUUGAUACACAGGGUCAAUGGAGCAGCGAGAGAGCAACCUUCGGCCUCAAGCGCAUAAGUGCCCAUGAGCCAUCUCCAGCCGACGUCUUCCAGCAAUUGCCAGCACCUCUGUUAGAGCUCCUGGCGUACAUGAUCCGCUUCGAGCGGCGACUACCUUUUGACUUCAUUGAUCAUCCACGGCAGUCUCUCAUUGACGACACCAGCACUAGCAGACACUAUCUGCCUCACAUCACCCGCAUGAUAGUAACGUCGAUGGCGCCAAAGCUGCAAAAGCUGCAAUCGAGCACACCGGAUCGUCCACCCUUGAAUGCUAGACAGCAGCAAGCACAGAUCUAUCGUAAUUCACAAAUUGAGAUAUUGGAGUCCGUAAUCGGCGGCCUUCGAGACUAUCUACGCUCACUGCUCCUCACUGAAUUUCCUCAUCCACAGCCUCUACCCACCGGACCAUUUAUCACGACAUUGGACGGGCUACUGCAGUUGCUCGGGCGACACAGUGUCGAGGCUGCCCGGGCCUUCGUUGAUGGCAUCGUGGCCAAUGCUGGUACACCAGAUCUUAGUCAGUUGCGGGAAGCUGGAUGGGAGGAAGACAUGUUCGUGUUGCUCAUCUGCUAUUGUCAAAUUGCCUUUGGCUUUGAACUACCAGAGUAUUGCCAGGGCACCAAGGUCAACGUCGAAGCGGAGCUAUUGGCGCAGGAACUGGAACAAGCACGGGAUCUUCUCAGUCUUGUUGCGACAGCGAGACAAGCGGUCCCUGCACCUGACAGUAUAUGGUCCAGCGAUCAGUGGACUGAACAGUUUGUCGCUCAAGUCGGUGGCAGGAUGUUGAUUCAUGAAAGCUUCAUGAUGAUGGUACCAGUUGAAGGUCAAGAGGUGGCGAGACCGGUGCUUUAUGUGUUGGGCAGUCGAGCGCAAGCCCAUGAUCAGCACACAUAAGAAGAGCCGUCUAUGACAACCGUUCUCAGAUGAAAGGGUUCCACGGACAGGGAUCGCCCUUUGUAGGCUGGCCUGGGUUGCGGUUUCUCCAGCAUGGAAGAUGCCACAGAAGGCCUGCAUGUGACCACGGACUCGGUCGCACGCACCAUGUGCUUUGUUGAAAGCCAAAUCCGUUUGCUAAGUGCUCAUGUGUAUAAUAGUGACAUCUCUUGAGGGCCUC